CUCGUGCGCAUGCGCGGCCGCGGUCUGCGCCGCACCUUCUCCGGACUAACUUCCGAACUUUAGUUUUUGUUUAUUUUUAAAUUAAUCAUUCGAGUUUAUUUUCCCGGGAAUCUGAAGCCAGGCGCGUGACCAGCCGCAGGGCGCGUGACCGGCUGCAGAGAGGCGUGCAGCGCGUGUCCGGCCGGAAGUGAGCAGCAGUGAUGAAGAGGGGGCGUGUCUUUGCCGUGCUGGUGGGCGGGGUUUUCUGUGUGGCGCUGAUGUCACUCUACCGCAUGCUGGAGGUGAUGCAGAGGGCGGAGCUUCGGCCACGCGGGGACACGCCUCCUGGACAGGUGGACCAGGACUUGCUCCGCCUCCAGCAGAAGAUUGACCGGUUGGAAGGUCUCCUCAGCGAGAACAACCGAUUGGUUGCUGCGCUGCGAGACUCCUUAGUCCACCGUAAAGCGGGCCGCCCAGGGGGCGUGGCCAACAGCAGCUCAGUCUCCGCCCCCCGGCUUCCUGGCUGCCGAUUGGCUGAGGAGCUGAAGGACGGCGCAGACGGCGUGCAGCUCCUGGACGUCUACGACCUCCUGGCCUUCGACAACCCGGACGGCGGCGCCUGGAAGCAGGGCUUUGAUAUCAGUUACCGCGGCGACGAGUGGGACGAGCAGCCGCUGGAGGUCUUCCUGGUUCCUCAUUCGCACAACGACCCUGGUUGGCUGAAGACAUUUGACGGUUAUUAUGAAGACCAGACGAGACACAUCCUGAACAACAUGGUGACCAAACUGAGCGAGGACAGCAGGAGGAAGAUGAUCUGGGCGGAGAUCAGCUACUUCUCCAAGUGGUGGAGCGAAAUCGACGAGCAGAAGCGAUCGACGGUCAAACGCCUGGUGGGGGCGGGGCAGCUGGAGCUGGUGACGGGCGGCUGGGUGAUGCCGGACGAGGCCAGCACGCAUUACUUCGCCCUGCUGGACCAGCUGCUGGAGGGACACCAGUGGCUGCAGACGCACCUGGGCGUGACGCCGAGCAGCGGCUGGGCCAUCGACCCGUUUGGACACUCCCCCUCCAUGACCUACCUGCUGAAGGGGGCGGGGCUUAAGAACAUGGUCAUCCAGAGGAUCCACUACGCCGUCAAGAAGCACUUCGCCAGACAGAAGAGUCUGGAGUUUCUGUGGCGACAGAGCUGGGACUCCUCCCCCCGCAGUGACAUCACGUGUCACAUGAUGCCGUUCUACAGCUACGACGUUCCUCACACCUGCGGGCCGAACCCGGCCGUCUGCUGCCAGUUCGACUUCCACCGCCUGCCGGGGAGGCGGGUCUUCUGCCCCUGGAGGGUCCCUCCCCAGCCAAUCACAGAGCAGAACGUCCAGGAGAGGGCCCUGCUGCUCCUGGACCAGUACCGCCAGAAGUCGCUCCUGUUCCGGACCCCGGUUCUCCUGGUUCCUCUGGGGGACGACUUCCGCUUCGUGGAGUCCAGCGAGUGGGACGUCCAGCUCAGCAGCUACCAGAGGCUCUUCGACUACUACCAGCAGCACCCGGAGCUCCGGGUCACGGCCCGGUUCGGGACUCUCUCGGACUACUUCCAGUCCCUGCACCGUCGUCUCGGGGCCUCCGGAGUGUCUCUCCCGUCUCUCCGUGGAGAUUUCUUCACGUACGCCGACCGAGACGACCACUACUGGAGCGGCUUCUUCUCGUCCCGCCCCUUCUACAAGCGUCUGGACCGCGUGCUGGAGGCCACGCUGCGCGCCACAGAGAUCCUCUUCAGCCUGACGCUGGCUGAAAUGCGUCGUUUCCACGGCGACGGACGUCUGGCCGCCACGUUUCCCGCCCGUGAGCAUUUCGCUCGGCUGACGUCGGGGAGGCGGAGCCUGGCGCUGUUCCAGCACCACGACGCCGUCACCGGGACGGCCCGCGACCCCGUGGUGGUGGACUACGGCACCAGGCUCCUCCGCUCCCUGCUGGACCUGCGCCAGGUGCUGCGAAGCUCCGCCCACUGGCUGCUGCUGCCGGACCGGAGCCGGUACCGCCACGACGCGUCCGCCCCCCUGCUGCUGAUGGACGAGGAGCCGGCGGCGCAGGACGCCCCGCCCCUCAAGACCCGGCUGCGGCUCGGGGAUCGAGCCAGGUCUCUGGUGGUCUUCAACCCCACCCAGCAGGUCCAGACCUCCGUGGUCACCGUGCUGGUGGACCGUCCCGACGCCCGGGUGUCCGACGCCCGGACCGGGACGCCCGUCCCCGUCCAGAUGUCCGCCGUGUGGGCGGAGCCCGGCCGGCCGGCCGCCGAGGCCUUCCAGCUGUCCUUCGUGGCGGCGCUCCCCCCGCUGGCGCUGACGGUGUACCAGGUGACCGCGGCGCCCGCUGGCUCCGCCCCCCGGGCGCGCUACACCCUGCACGGCCCGGCCGACCCGGCGGCGCUCCGGAACCCGCACUUCCAGGUGUCCCGCCCGCCGGACUCCGAGGCCGACGCCCCGCUGUUGCUUAGCAACCGGCACCUGGAGGCGUGGAGCUCGGCGCGGACCGGCCUGCUGCAGGAAGUCCGACUGCGGUCCGGUCUGACCAGGAAGGUCCAGGUCCAGUUCCUCUGGUACGGAACCAGGACCGGGUCAAACCGGGACAAGAGUGGAGCCUACCUGUUCCUGCCGGGGGACGAGGGGGGACAGCCCUACAGGUCUUCAGAACCGCCCCUGGUUCGGGUCUCCAGAGGUCCGAUCUUCUCUGACAUCACUUCCUGUUACAAACACUUCACACACACGCUCCGCCUGUUCCACCUGGAAGGGCAUGCUGGGAGAUCUCUGGAGAUUUCCAACAUGGUGGACAUCCGCUCGGAGUCGAACCGUGAGCUGGUGAUGCGCCUCGUCAGCGACGUUGCCAACGGCAACCGUUUCUACUCCGACCUGAACGGAUUCCAGAUGCAGCAGCGCCGCCUGCUGGCCAAGCUGCCGCUGCAGGCGCACUUCUACCCCAUGACCGCCGCCGCCUUCCUGCAGGACGCCGCCGGCCGCCUCACGCUGCUGGCCGCCCAGAGCCAGGGCGUGGCGGCGCUGCGACCGGGGCAGCUGGAGGUGGUGUUGGACCGGCGCCUGCUGCAGGACGACAACCGGGGCCUGGGUCAGGGAGUCACCGACAACAAGGUCACUGCCAGCCUGUACCGCCUGCUGCUGGAGGAGCGAGGGGGCGGGGCCACGGAAGUGGGAGGAGCCUCGGAGGAACACCUGUCGCUUCUCGCUCACCUGGACUCACUGUCUCUCUGCCAACCACCAAUCACCAUGGUAACCCGUGACCACGCCCCCCAGCUGAAGCUCCGCCCCUUCCUGCCGCUCAGCUCGCCGUUGCCGUGUGACAUUCACCUGCUGAACCUGCGGACGCUGGAGGACGAGCAGGAAGCAGGAAGUCCCUCACAGGAAGUGGCCCUCCUCCUCCACAGGAAGGGCUUCCACUGUGACUACACCCCCGAGCCCAAGCCGGCGUGCACGUGGAGUGCGCACGAGAAGGUGAACCUGGAUCAGCUCUUCUCUCCUCUGGUCUUCGGUUCUGUGCGUCGUUCUGGUCUCACCUUCCUGCGAGACGUCCAGGACCCGGACCAGGUCCAGCAGCAGGAUCCAGACUUUCGGCUCCGGCCGAUGGAGAUCGGCGCCUUCCGCGUGGUCAUCCGCUAACUGGCUAAUGCUAACGCUAAAGCUAGAAACAUCUGCAGCCAAUCAGGCGAGGUUCUGUGGAGUUACCAAUCUGGAGGCAGCUGUGGAGGAAGGAAAGCUGGACCAGGAAGUAAACAGGAAGUAAAUACUAAACAGGAAGUAAAUACACAACAGAAAGUAAAUAUACAACAGGAAGUAAACAGGAAGUAAAUGCUGAACAGGAAAUAAACAGUACCUAAAAACAGGAAGUAAAUAGAAAAAGGAAGUUUACCAGGAUGGAAGCAAACGCAAACAGGAAGUAAACAGCAAGUAAAUAGAAAACAGGAAGUUCAUACAAACAACAGGAAAUAAAAAAAACUCAAGAAAUACAAAACAAAAAAUGCCCCCCCCCAAAAAAAAAGAACGAAACUGAAGGAAAAUGAACAAACAGGAAAAAUAUAAAAGGGAGUUAAAGGGGAAACAAUCAAAAACAGUGAAAUGAAAAAAGGGAAAAUGCUGAAUGGUUGUGUUGCCACGGCAACCACGGGGACCAAUGAAGAGUGUGUGUGUGUGUGUGUGUGUGUGUGUGUGUGUGUGUGUGUGUGUGUCCAUGAAAGGCUGACUGAUUUUAAAGCCUGAUUUUUGAUUUUUUUUCACUUCCUCUUCCUGUUGUGACUCAGGAUUUGGAAUCUUCCUUCUCUGAAUGUGAACUUUAUUUUGGGGAUUUUAUUUUGAAGGAGUUACUUUUCUUCUGUCAAUAAACCCGAUGGACCCGG